AUGCCAUUCGAUGAGCUGCGAAACGUUAAGCGCCAGAAGGUGGCAAUAGAAAGCCCCAGCGAUUCCCUGGACGGUGGGGACUACGAGGACCCCCCACAACUCCGGCCGCUGUCGGAAAUGCAGACGCUAUACUUGGAGACCAUCGACCGGUCCCGUCUUGACUUUGAUUUUGAAAAAGUGUGCUCGGUGUCUCUUGCGAAGGUUAACGUCUAUGCCUGUCUUGUGUGCUCAAAGUACUUCCAAGGGCGCAACAAGGCGUCCUACGCGUACCUACACUCCAUCAAUGACGACCAUCACGUGUAUAUCAACUUGAGCACUCUCCGAAUCUACAUUUUGCCCGAGAACAGAGAGGUUACCGCCAAGAAUCUGAUACUAGAGGACAUCAAGUACCUUGUGGAUCCCGCCUAUACCCCCGAACAGAUUGCUCAGUUGUCCACCCGGGCCCAGGCCUAUGAUUUGAACCACAAAGCGUAUCGGGCCGGUUACGUGGGGUUAAACAACAUCAACGCUAACGAUUACGCGAAUGUGGUGCUUCAAUUGUUGAGUCAUGUUCCUCCGGUGCGCGACUUUUACCUCGCAAACCCGGCCCUUAUCGCUGCCAACGAGCUCAACUCCAAGUUCGGGUUGCUUGUGCGGAAGAUGUGGUCAUCCAAGUUGUUUAAGGCACAUGUUUCGCCCCAUGAGCUUUUGCAGUAUAUCGACAUUGCCUCCAAGAAUACCUUCACGAUCACUAACCAGAAGGAACCUAAGGACCUCUUUGUGUGGUUGCUCAACCAGCUCCACGCACCGUUGGCGAAGGUGAUGCCCAAGGGAACCGUGAUCGCAAGGGCAUUCCAGGGAAAGAUUCGCAUCAUGACACAGAAAGUGGUGGCAUCCACUAAUAAAAAUACCAAUACCGUGCAAUUUACCACUGAUACCGCUAUUACUACCAGCGAUACCCGGUUUUGGAUCCUUACCCUCGACCUUCCCUCACAGCUGUUGUUCAAGAAAGAUAACUUGCUGAAUGGCCAGGCUGCGAUUGCCCAAUGCUCGCUUCUCCAGUUACUUGCCAAGUACAACGGCUACACGGUGACUAGUAGCCCUGGGGCCGUUCGCAAGUACAAAAUUAUCAAGCUUCCAAAGUAUUUGAUCUUGCAUUUCAAUCGGUUUCCGCAGGGAAUGGAUCAUGCCGACAGAAAUCAAACCGUAGUGAAGUUCCCUACCGUUUUGGACAUGGCUCCGUACGUGGAGAACCAGACAGCGCCGUUGCAUUACAAAUUGCUUGGGAACGCCAUCCACGAGGUGGUGACAGACGAGAACAACGGGGUGGAGGGCAAGGACAGGUCGUUGUGGAAGGUACAAUUAGAGGAUGGAAAAGGCUGGGUGAGGAUUCACGAUUUGAAGGUUGACGAAAUUGAGAAGGAGUUGUUGUUUCUUGAAGAGAGCUAUGUGCAGAUCUGGGCCCGAGUGUAA